AUGUCCUUCGAAUUCACAACUCCUUCUCCGACCCCGCUAGGCAUUCCAAUGCGAUGUCUUGGCUAUUUUUUUAUUGGUCGUGUAGCCUCUAAUCCUUAUUCGCUGCCCGUACUAUUUCGUCUCCAUGCCACGGGUUCAGGUAUCCUUCCGAUUUUGUCUGCCUCUAUUUUUUUCUCGCGUUCUCUCUUUACGGCCUCUUUUCCAUCAGUCCUCUUGUCCGACCCCGACCCGACCCUCCCUUUCCCGCUAAUUCAGUCCAUUCAGCUUUUGUGUAUCUAUAUUUUCCUAUAUUUCGUCGGAAAGGCAAUCACACUCAGACUACUGCUUGUGCUACUAAUGCUUCAAUUGACGCUGCUAAGGUGUUGCCUUCUCGUGUCACCGAGGUCCCGGUUGUGCAUACCCGAUUAUCAGGCCUACAACUACCUGUUCCAUUCCAUCUUACAACAAUCUAUAGCCCAGCGCUUAACCGACUCCUCCCCUCCUCAUCAUUACCAGUACCACAACGACUAUCAUAUGCUCUCCUUUUGGCUCUAUGACCAUCAUUCGGGGUCCAGAUUUUCAAGAGACCUAGCAUUAUUUACUAUCUGCUCAACCUCAAAUUCUGGACUUGCAUCUUGCCUACACCUUGUUUAG